UGUUUUGAUUUCUCAUCAGCUGAUGCAUAUUAUUGUGCUUGUCGUUUUCCAUAUACAGGUGUUCAUUGUCAAACACAAGAUCGAUUAUGUUCUGGAGAUAUAUGUGAUAAUAAAGCAUCGAAUAUUCUAGCAUUCUGUCAUGGUUUUACAUCGGAUAAAGCUCUUCCUUACAUUUGUAUAUGUCACAUGAAGAAUGCUCCAGAAGAGCGGUUUGUAGCACUCAAUAAUUGUCAUAGUGGAGAAAUAUUUCAUAAAGUUUGUGAUGGCAAAGAACCUUUUGUUGGUGCUUUGCCAUUUACUAAUAAAGCCUUUUAUAUUUGUCUGCCUGGUUGGGUUAACGCGCGUGUGAGAUCAUGUGACUUAGAUCAUGUGUGGAACUAUACACAAAAAGAAUGUGUACUUGAAUAUACAUUAAUAUAA